AUGGUGGAAGAGCUCAGUAAAACCAUUAAGAAUAAGACGUUGCAGUUUGCCAAAGAAAUUGAACUUGAAGUAAACAGCCAUAAAACAACCAGGCAGUCACUGGACAGAAGCCAGAGAUUAGUGGAAGAGAAGGAACAGCUCCUGAAUUAUAACAUUCUGCAUUAUGAAAAUGUCAACAGAGAACUGCAGAGUCAGUACGAAGAGACAGUGGCAGCACUUCGGGAACAAAAACCAAACAGAAGUCAACAGCAGAGAUGAAAAGAUCCAUAAACUGAAGCAGCAGAUCUCGGAACUUUUCAGAAAUAAGUCAUGGGAACAUCAGAAGCAAAUGGAAGACCUGCAGAAGGAAAUAAGUCGAUUAGCAGAGGAGGCUCAGUUGCUGCGCACACAGCUGAAGAGAGAUAGUGUUUCCAGACAAGAGUGUGAAAAAUGCAAGUCCUUAAUGGCAGCAUUGGAAGACAGCAGGAUACAAAUCAAACUAAAGAACAGAACAAUUGAGGAGCUCCAAUCACUGUGCCAAAAGUUUCAAAAUCAGCUCCUGGAGCAGGAGAAAUUACAGAAAAUGCUUGUGACCAAAAACAAAGAUAUAAAAUAG